AUAACCACAGCUGUUCCCGUCUCCAAUGUGACCACAGCUGUUCCCGACUCCAAUGUGACCACAGCUGUUCCCGUCUCCAAUGUGACCACAGCUGUUCCCGUCUCCAAUGUGACCACAUUUCCUCCUGUCGCCAACGUUACUACAGCUGCCCCAGCCUCCAAUAUAACUUCAGCUGUCCCAGUCAACAGAGCAGACACAGCAGGAGUGAGUCACGGCCUCCCAGCCGUCGUCACGGCCCCUCCUCAAGUGGCCGCCCAGUGCCCCUACACGCCGGGGCCGAUCCCUCUGCUGCUGCCCAACCCCGUCGACUGCGGCUCCUUCUACAUGUGCAGCUGGUACGGGACGGCCCUGUUGCAGCACUGUCCUCCUGUGCUGCACUUUAACGCCAAACUGCAGGUGUGUGACUCUCCUGAACACGCCAACUGUAUCGAGAGAACUACAGCUGCCCCUGUCUCCAGCACCUCAACUGCUGCCCCAGCCUUCAAUGUGACCACAAUUGUUCCUGUCUCCAAUGUUACAGCUGUCCCAGUCUCAAAUAUAACUACAGCUGUUCCAAUCAACAAUGCGACCACAACUGUUACUUCUUGUACCCAGCUGGUCUAUGCCUCUAUGCAACCAGUGUCCAGGGUGACCACGCCUGGACCAGACUUCAGAGUGCGAAUCACAAGCACAAUCAAAAUGCCUCCCAAUAAUAUAAAACUUAACCAGAACGGAUAUAAAGAUUUCAAAAAACCUUUCUUGAGUCUGUGUUUCAUCCCUCGGGAAUUAGUUAUCUGCAUAAGCAACUCCAUAGAUCGAGUUAUUUGUAAUGGACUGUCUAUUAAUAUCUCUAAGCCAAGAAUAAAAAAACUUUACUUUAUCUCCGUCAGUUUGGUCGCGUCUCUGUCGCUGCUGGUCGUCGCAGGAGUGAGUCACGGCCUCCCAGCCGUCGUCACGGCCCCUCCUCAAGUUGCCGCCCAGUGCCCCUACACGCCGGGGCCGAUCCCUCUGCUGCUGCCCAACCCCGUCGACUGCGGCUCCUUCUACAUGUGCAGCUGGUACGGGACGGCCCUGUUGCAGCACUGUCCUCCUGUGCUGCACUUCAACACCAAGCUGCAGGUGUGUGACUCUCCUGAACAUGCCAACUGUGUACAGAGAACCACAGCUGCCCCUGUUUCCAGCAUCACUACUGCUGCCCCAGGCUAUAAUAUAACCACAGCUGUUCCCGUCUCCAAUGUGACCACAGCUGUUCCCGUCUCCAAUGUGACCACAGCUGUUCCCGUCUCCAAUGUGACCACAGCUGUUCCCGUCUCCAAUGUGACCACAGCUGUUCCCGUCUCCAAUGUGACCACAGCUGCUGUACCACAGCUGUUCCCGUUUCCAAUGUGA